AUGCAAAAGAGCCUAAGUUUAGAAAAGGUAAAUACUGAAGUAAUAUCAAAUGAUAGAAAUAAUACAUUUAUUUGCAACCAUCCAAAUAACACUGAACUACCCAAGAGAAAAUUUAGGCGAUUUGGAAAAAUAUUCGAACAUUACUGUAUAACUAUUAAGCCUAAAUUGUAUAGAAGCAGCUCUUUAACUGAAUUGACAACAAAGACUAGCGAUAUCACAUUAGACUUUUUCAAGCGUACCAGUAAUAUUCUGUCCAAAGAAUUAGUAAAAAACUCUAUAUGUGGUAGUUUUGGAGACACAGUUAACAAACAUUGCACUACACCUCUGACUAAUAAGCCAUACAUGUCUUGGAACUUAAAAGGGAAGAAAACAAAGAGAAAAAACGUGAUGUCACCUGAAACAUAUGCGUCUAAAUUUGCUGCUGACUACAUCCACAAUAUUCAAAAAGAAGGAGAUAGCACAGACGUUAAUUUUUCCUCUGGUGCCGACAAUUCAAGCAUGUGCAGUACCGACCAAAUUAAUUGUCAAAAAAUUGCCGCAUUUCCAUUCAAAUCUACGCCAAGUGGUAAUUUAAAAGUUGAGUCUAACCAGGUUGUAUUUCAGUCUUCGACUGUCGGUGUUCUUUUGGCAGAUCCUACACAAGCAAAAGUCAAAGUAAAGUUUGAAGGGAAAACAACUAACAAUAUUCAAAAUAAUAUACAAACUUUUGAUAACGAAAUUGAUUCCGAACCUCAAUUGCAAUAUGGACCCAGAGAGACUGUGAAUGCAAACCUACAAAUAAAUAAUACUUCAUUUGAACGGAACAUCAGACAUAAAUCUCAAGAUAAAGAAACGACACAGAAAAAGGGUAAAAAAUUGGGCAGUCUGGGGUACGCGGUUCCUGAAUCAAUAGAUUGGAUGCGUAUACAGCUGCCCAAAAAACAAGAUUUGUUCCAAGAAUUCUAUCGUAGGAUACACAAUCACGUAAACACAGACAUGAUUGUUCAUAUCGGCGAUGAGGAAAUACAUUGUCAUCACAUAGUACUUCAGAUAUAUUCUGGUUUCUUCGACAUGAAUCGUCAUAGUGAGAUAGAAUUACCAAUAACCAGUGUUACCCCGGAAGCGUUUCAAGCUAUCUACGAUUGGAUGAUUUUCAGUGGCCCAGAGAGUAAUAAGUUAUUGAAGAGAGAUAAUAUAUUAGACUUAUUUUGUGCAGCGCAAUUUCUUUCUAUAAAAGAUUUAGAAGAGCAAUGCUGGUCAUUUAUAGUUAAUGAAAAUCUUUUCGCUGAAGAUACUGCAUUUGCUUUAUUUAUAGAAGCAAGGACAAAGGGCAUGACACCCGUUAUGGAGUUAAUGAUACCUCGUGUGAUGAAAUUCUUUUUGCCUCUCGUCGCGUCUAUAGAUUUUCUCGAACUAGAUGCUGAAGAAGUUAUGACACUUCUUAAGUCUAAUUACAUUUGUAUUACAAGUGAAAUAGAAGUGUUAAUGGCGGGUGUGCGAUGGUUGUACGCGAAUUGGCCAUCACGCCAUCGGUACGCUGUCGAAAUGAUGCGUUGUGUACGGUUUGGGCUGAUCUCGCCAUGGCAGCUAGUUGAUAUCAAGCGCAACCCAGACAACGCUGAAAUACUCGAAAUCGUCAACAAACCUGAAGUACAACAGAUGGUAGACGAUGGCCUAGCAUACGUAAUAAUUAAAUAUUGGUACGGGAACAACUCAAAGAAUUACUAUCACUGGAUAGAUGUUCUUGGUCUAAGUGAGCCUGCUGAGAGAAACUGGAUGGGGGAAGAGAAGAAUCAUGUAACGUAUAAAGACUUCUUGGAAUAUUUGGAACAAUUUAUGGUACCAAAAGAUCAAUUGUACCAACAGAUGGCAAUGAUGCAACCACCAAGAAGGAGUGAUGACUUGCCAGGCAGUUUACGAGGUAUAGACAACGAUAAAAUGGAUAUGAGGAGACGCAACGUGGAUUUCCCUCUACCAGCGACAUUGAAAGGGCUUAGUAGUGAUAAAGAAAAAUUUCCAACUAUGAGUGACUUCUUUGAUAAUAGGAGAAAAGGCCUUGAAGGCUACCGCUCUCAAUCGCCAGCUCGAUCGCCAGUGGAACAUAUGGAAUCUUCAUUGGUUAUGCCCGUAUUUACAAGCCGUAGACGGAGUCCUGAAAUUGAAAAGCAGCAAAAAUUAGUGGAGGAGCAACGGAGACAAGAAAUAAAACAGAUGCAUAAUUCACAACGUACCGAGCGGACCCAACAGAUUCAUAUGUGCACAAUACACCAAGCCACUGAAGAUAAAAGUCACAACCAUAUAUUCGAGAGACCAGAAAAAGAUUCCACUGAGGAGCUGAUUACAACAAGUGAUAGUACCACGCUUAGUGUUGAUACGAGUGUCACAGAGAAAAAUCAGUUCUCUAGCUCAAAACAAGGCGAGAAAAGACAUAGUGUGGCGGCCAGCUAUUUAGCAGCAGCUACGGCAGCCUUAUCUAGUUCUAGAAGGAAUUCAAUAAUUCCAUCGUCUCCUACGGCUCGUUCCCAGACCACUGCUAAUGGACAACGGCCCGAAACAACAUCUAAACCACCUACACCUAUGUCCCAAAAUAAUUUUCAGAGUCCACAGUUAUCACUCUUUAACCAGUCAAAGCAAUCACUUGCUAGAGUUAACAUGAACAAACUGUCAACAUCUAUUCUUGGACCAUCUAACAAGAACUACAUUACCGAAGGAUCACUAUUUAAUUGGGAUAGGGAAACAGUUUUAGUUUUUGGUGGUAUUGAUCCUCACAAUCCGUACGGAACUGGACGUAAUACCGGAAAGAACAUUUACAGGUACGAUCCCGUGAUGAAUGUGUGGGACUAUGUCGGUGAUCUACCGGAGCCGAGACAUCACCAUUCGAUAGCGUUUUUACGUGGCAGAGUUUACCUCGUUGGAGGCGCCGAUCCCCGUGAUGACGACAUCCGUGGCAAAUCUGUCGUAGUAUCCACAGUAUGGAGUUUCGAACCAGUCACCCGGUCGUGGUACAGUGAAUCUGGUCUCGCCAUACCAAGAAAGAAUUUCGGACUUGUUGUACAUCGUAUGGCGUUGUAUGCUAUAGGAGGACAGGACAAGAAGGGCAGAGUUCUUAGAUCCGUUGAAAGGUUUGACCCUAAAACGGGCUCUUGGAGUGAGGUUCGUUCAAUGAGUGUAGCCCGAAUGGCUAUUGCAUCUGUAAAGUACAGGGAGUACAUCUGGGUAGCAGGAGGCAUGACAGGCGAGAAGAAGAGACCAGUAUGCAAAAUUGUAGAAUGCUACAACUCUAAAACAAACGAAUGGACUGAAAUUCACAAUUUGCGCUUUCCACGAUGUUUUGCUACGUUGUUCACCAUGAACGAUAAACUUUAUAUUGUCGGCGGUGCCGGAAAGAAGUCUGAUAAGGACAAAACGGCAAGCAGUGUAGGUGCCAUUGACGUAUGGGACUGGAAAGACCGCGCGUGGAUACCUGCGACUGAGAUGUCCAUACCACGUCAUGGCCACGCACUAGCAUAUCUCGGCACCCAGCUCAUAAUACUUGGCGGCAUGACCACGAUAUACAUGCGCGCACUCAACAACGUAGAAUCAUUUUGUUGUGAGCGCGGUGCAUGGAUCCGAGGGGUAGCCACCCUUCCAUCGUCACUCUCAGGACAUGGAGCCAUUACACUGCCCCCUGCGUCUCUCAUGUAACCAGAUCUGUCUAAUCUACUUUGAGUUAUAACUGAAAUGGUUUACCUAAAUAUACGUCCAAAUUAGAUUAUAAAUUUUUCAUGUAGAUAAACAAACCUUUAGAUUAAUAUUUCCAAAAUUUACAUCGUCUUGUUUUUGGAAAAAGUUUAUACACUAUAAUGUAUUGUAAUUACGAAAUUAUAAUAAAAAAUCGACGUACCAUGACUCUACUCCAGAUUCUAAUAUAAAACGAAUACAGACCACAAAUUAAGCAUUAAGGGUCAAUGAAAUAAAUGAAAAAGAUGAAGAAUAAAGAAAUUACUAAUUACUUGCUUUAUAGAUAAAAAGUAAAAACCUGAUAUGUAAUAAACAUCCAAGAAAACACUUUUUAAUAACUGGUUAUAAUUAUAACUGGUCACAUAGACAAAUAUUUCGUGCGCUUUAAAUAAA